UCUGUCACCUGCUCUCAGACAACCGGGGCGAGCGGCACCGGGAAGAAAGGGCAGCAGGAAGCCACAGCACGGGGACCCCCAGGCCGGGGUGCCGGGUGGGCUCUGCCUCGGGCUCCCCUCCAGCGGCUGGGGCACCGGGAUCGCAAGCUGUGCAGGGAGCAGAGGGAGCUUGGCUGCUGGAGAAUGGCAGCAGGAUUUAACUAGGAGGGCACGGGAAACUGGGAGAGAACACACGGGAGCUGAGGGAACUGCGGGAGACGAGAGCGGCUUCUCAGCACCGUUGCCCGGCCUGUGAAGCGACAUGAGUCACAAGGGAUCCCUCAGCAGCAACCCCGGCUCAUCCAAUGGCAGCAUGGGCAAAGCUGAUGGAGCCUCCAAGCUGAGCGCAAAGGACCUGUAUGAACAAAGGAAAAAAUACUCCAAUUCCAACAUCAUUAUGCACGAGACUUCCCAGUACCAUGUCCAGCACUUGGCCACCUUCAUCAUGGACAAGAGCGAGUCCAUCAUGACGGUGGAUGAUGCCAUCAGGAAACUCAUCCUGCUCAACUCCAAAGAGAAGAUCUGGACGCAGGAAAUGCUGCUGCAAGUGAACGACAAGUCCAUCCGGCUGCUGGACUGCGAGACAAAGGAGGAGCUGGAGGACUUCCCUCUGCCGACAGUGCAGCACUGCCAGACAGUGCUCAACCAGAUGCGCUAUUCCUCCAUCCUGCUCCUGGUGUGCCAGGAUUCGGAGCAGCACAAACCUGACAUCCACUUCUUCAACUGUGAUGAGGUGGAGGCGGAGUUGGUUCAUGAGGACAUAGAAAGUGCCCUGUCAGACCACAAGCAUGGGAAGAAGAUACGGCCGCAGACACUCAAGGCACACCAAGAAAAGAUCAAGCAGAGACAAUCCAUCCUUCCCCCGCCGCAAGGGCCGGCUCCCAUCCCGAUCCAGCAUGACAUGCGAGGCUCAGGGAUGAACAGGAACAGGGUGGCACCUCCUUCCCAGCAUGAUCCAGACUAUGAACGACGAAGCUCCAGCUCUCACGACCACGAAGAGUCUCGGGCCAUGUUAGCACAGAAGAUUGAAAAGGAAACGCAAAUCCUGAACUGCACUCUGGAUGACAUCGAAGUGUUCGUCGCCCAGCUGCAGAAGGCAGCAGAGGCAUUCCGACAGCUCAACCAGAGGAAGAAAGGGAAGAAGAACAAGAAGAAAGGGCCAGCAGAGGGAAUGCUGACUCUCCGAGCAAGACCCCCGAGUGAGGCCGAGUUCAUCGACUGCUUCCAGAAAACCAAACUGGCUUUUAACCUCUUGGCCAAACUAAGGAAGCAUAUCCAGAACCCCAGCGCUUCGGAGUUGGUACAUUUCCUAUUUGGACCGCUGGAACUGAUCAUCAAUAGCUGUGGUGGCCCCGAGCUUGCCCGCUCUGUCGUCAGCCCACUUCUUUCUAAAGACGCCACAGAUUUCCUCAGAGGACACCUGACACCCAAAGAGAUCAACCUCUGGGAUUCCCUGGGGGAGACAUGGACCAGAUCCAGAGCCGAGUGGCCCCGAGACGCAAACAUCCCCACCUACAUCCCCAAAUUCCGCAACGGCUGGGAACCACCCACAGAAAUCUUCCGUGGAGCUCCCUGGGAAAUAGACAUCGGACACCUGCAGGAGGAGCUCUCCUCAGCCAACGGAUAUCCCUACCGGAACUCCUCACUCAAGCGUGGCCCGGCGGCCGACCAGACACAAGCCGUGGAUGCCUUCAAACAGAACGUCACCCAGCACGUGAACAGGAAUUUUGAGGCCCAGGGAAUGGCUCUGCCCAAGAGAUAUGCCAAAAUCCGCUACGACUUCACCGCGCGGAACGCCAACGAGCUCUCCGUGCUGAAGGAUGAAAUCCUGGAGGUGUUGGAAGAUAACAAGCAGUGGUGGAAGUUGCUCAACCGGAGCGGGCAGGCCGGUUACGUCCCGUAUAACAUCCUGGAUGUGGUGAAGCUGGAAGAGGUGGAACAGUCUAACCAGAGGUACAAAGGAGACCUGAGCCCCAGGGGCUACGGACCAUCCAGCCCAACUCACAAGCUGCCUGCAAGCUACGCCGGGGACAAGUGGGGCAGUGAGAUGUUAUCGCGCAACUCUCCCCAGGAUGCCAAAGAACAACUUAUUCACCAAAUGGAUGAGCUGAAUGACGAGCUGCUAAAGAAGAUCACAAACAAUAAAAUUCAGCCUCCCCACAGGAAUUUCAAAGUGGAAAAGCCUCAGGAAGUUUUUGUGCCCCUCACCUUUGAAUCCAGCACCGAAGAAGUCAAAGCUUGGCUGGAGGCAAAGUCAUUCAGCAAAGAGACAGUGGAACACCUUGGCAUCCUCACUGGAGCUCAGCUCUUCUCCCUCAACAGAGAGGAGCUGAAGAAAGUGUGUGGUGAUGAGGGAAACAGAGUAUACAGCAAGAUCACAGUGGAGAAAAACCAACUGGAGAAAAGCAGAGGGGAGUCAGAGCUCCAAGAAAUCAUGAAGCGCCGCCAGGAGAGGAUUGAUUCCGCUAAUUAAACCCUGUCUGCUUUAUUUCAGCUCUUAGUUCUAGUAGUGCAGAGAAAAAGGGAAUGAAAGCAAUGAUCCCCGGGCCAGGCAGGAGACAGCAGUGUUGCACUUUGGGUCUGGCUGCCAGCAGAGUGACAAUUCCUCGAACACUGUUGAUAAGGGUUGACAAUAAGACCAUGUCCCUCUGGGAAAGGUGUUUUAAUAUUGCAUGAAGUAUUUUUUUUAUAACUACGUAUUUUAUACUGAAAUUUUACGUGCAUGCGGUCAGAGCGGGAUUCACACGGGUCUGGAUGAACGACAAGGGCUGGAUUCAAGCAAAAAGAGACCCCACAAAGCUUUUGUCCGAGAGCUGUCCCUGCUCCCACCCCCUCUCCAGCAUGGUUUGGGAAGAGCAGGCACGGAACAGCACUGACUGUUUAGAGUCUGGACCACGGGAAUAAGGCUCUUCCUAAAAUCCUGGAAUGGUUUGGGUUGGAAAGGACCUUAAAGCUCAUCCUGUUCCAACCCCUGCCAUGGGCAGCGACACCUUCCACUAGAUCAGGUUGUUCCAAGUCCCAUCCAACCUGGCCUUGAACACUUCCAGGGAUGGGGAGUCACCACCUCUCCGGGCAUCCUAAGGCAACCCCCUCAUCAUUCCCUCCUCAGAGCAGAUAUUCCCCUGCACAGGGCCUGUGACAAUUCUCUGCCUUCUUUCUCUCCUUCCUACCCCCCUUCCCACGCCCCCUCGUUGGACAAGGCUGGAAUGGCAACACACAUUCCCAAAGACUGUCUGCUUCCUUAAAUCCAUAAACCAGUCAUUGCUGCCUUUGAACAGUGGAACUGAGAUUUCAUUGCCUAAAAACAAGCAGGAGUGACAAAGCAAGAGAUUUAAAUAUGGAAAUAGGCGAGUUCCCCUCUGCUUAGGCAGAGCCUGGGGCUCAGGGCAGCUGUGCAGCCCUUCCCAGUGACAUUGAUCCUGAUUUGGAAUGUUGUGGUGUUGCCAAACCCCGCCUCAAACCAGGAGAAGAUAAGCCCUGACCAUUUGCUCCCAACCCAGUUACACCCACAGCCCUUCCCAGGGUGUUGGUCACCUGUCCCCACCUUCACAAAGGUUCAGCUGAAAUGACUCCUAAAUAUCUAAAACCCAAAAGCACACUGGGAAAAAGGCUGCUUUAGCACAAAAUAAAUGGCCACAAAAAAAAAAAUAGUAAUUUAGCACAGGGUGUUUUUCUUCAUCAUAUUAUGUGUAUAGGUA